CGUUCAGCGUUCACUCACUCACUCGCUCGCCGCUGCCUCUCUACGGCUGUGUGGCGCUCUUUUCUUCUUUCUUUCUUUUUCUUUCGCUCCCUCACACCUUGCCUGUCCCCUCCACUGCCUCCACCUACCCCUCGUCCUCCUCAUCCUCAACAAGUUGGGAUUAGCAUCGGACGCCCGGCAAAAUGGAGCCCAGGACACCCCUGUUGUGAAGCGAGCUUGCACCUCCAGCCAAACCGGGAUGAGCGUCCCGUGGAGCGCGCGCUCGGCGGCCCCGGCCAGGAGGGCGCACAAGCGGCUCGACUCGGACUCGGAGCCGCCGCAGCCUCCGGCCAAGCGCGCCCGCAGGCUGAGCAGCGAGGCCGGGGACGCGCACGGAGGAUUCCUCGUUGGCACAACCGCGAGCACCCCCGCUUACAUCGCCGCCGUCACCCAGCGGACACCGUCCAGGAUCGGACCCUUCCUGCUGCUGCCCGCCGCCACGACCGAGUGCGACGGCUUACACUGCCGCGCCGUGCACGUCUACACCGGCGACGAGCUUCUGUGCCAGGUCUUCAGCAUGGCAGAGUACCAGCAGAAGAUCCAAGCCUAUGGGGUGGUGCCCCCACACCCGGGCGUGUCCACCGUCCAGGAGGUGAUCCUCGGGGAGCACGAGGUCUACAUCUUCCUGGAGAAGGACUUUGGCAACAUGCACACGCUGGUGAAGAGCCAAAGGCGGCUGGACGAGACGCGGGCCAGGGUGCUCUUCCGGCAGAUGGCGCAGGCGGUGGCGCACUGCCACCAGGCGGGCGUCGUACUGGGCGACCUCAAGCUGCGCAAAUUUGUUUUUGUCGACCAAAACAGGACCCAAGUGCGUCUGGAGAGUCUGGAAGACUGCCACGUCCUGGAGGACCCGCGGGACGACGCCAUGUGCGACACACACGGCUGUCCGGCCUACGUCAGCCCGGAGAUCCUCAGCGGGGCGGCACCCUACUCGGGCAAGAUGUCUGACAUGUGGAGCCUGGGCGUAGUGCUGUACACCAUGCUGGCGGGCCGCUACCCUUUCCACGACGCCGACCCGGGCGCACUCUUUUCCAAAAUCCGGCGGGGUCACUGUUGCUUACCCGAGGGACUCUCGCCCGGGGCCCGCUGCCUAGUCCAGAGCCUUCUGAGGAAGGAACCAACGGAGAGACUGACGGCUUGCGAGUUACUGGCGCACCCGUGGUUCCGACACCCAGCGACGGAAGCGAGCCCAGCCGAGCAGAUGGUGCCAUCUUUCGAGGCGGAGGACGACGACCGUCUGCUCUCCUGACCAAAAAGGGACACCCGCCUGUGUACUGUGGAUUGGCAAAAUCAGUGUAGAGGGGCCACUAGGUGGCGGCAAAGCACUUAAAACAGUGGACCAUCAAGCAUCAACCGUCUUCUGCAGUCAAAGUAUUUAACUACCUUUGCCAAGAGCAUUGGCUAGCCUAAUAGGAAGCUAGCACAAACCAAUCUCGCAUUAAGCAAACAGAUAUUUGCACGAGCACUUUACACAAAUGGUAUUGUGACAUUUAAUUAAGUUUUGGACAGUUCUAAUAUGUUUGGGGAAACAAUUUGAUAUGAAACACAAUAACAAAAUUCCUGCACCGAGGUGCUUGACUGGCUUUGGUCGACGAGCUGAGAUUUUCAGUUGAAUAAGCGAGGAUACCAAAGAUUUAAAAAAAAGAAAAAGAAAGAAAUCAACAAAUUUGUGAAUGCUAAACUUUGGGGCUCGCUGUACCGCGUUUGUGUUAUGGGCAUUUAUUUUUUAAUUGUUGGUGCUAAGACAAGUUUGAAGUCAAGACAUCAAACGACAUUUGGCUGUCUUAACAGACAGCCGGAAUUCGUCUCACGUUGAUCGACGCUCAAAACGACGGGCAAAAGGAUGCAGAGAGUCUUUGAUAUACAUACAACAAAUUGCGUCCAAUGCCAAACAGAAACUUGAAUGAUGAUAUUUUUCUUAUUUUGGGGUAUUUACUUUGAAACAAGAGCGCAUUAUUUAGGAUGUUAUUUGGGCGCUAAUGAUUUUUGACAAGUCCUUCAAUUGUCGGCGCUCAAACGGAGCAACCAAGAGCGGCGCUACGCUUGGCCGGUUUAACAGAUGUCGGCGGCGACGACAGAACUCGUCAGCCUGGCUGACUGGCGCCCGGCGCAGAUGCGUCACGCUCAUUCACACACACGAGCAAAAACAUCCAUGAUGCCACUUUUGAUGACUAUCAUCGUGAACCUCGUGAAAAUAUUAAAACACGUUUCUUCUGAUACUUCAUCCGAAAAACAUUUUUCGGCUACAAUUUUGAAAUAAUUUAUGUUUGUAUUUUAUAAUUAAAAAAA